GGGUACGGGAUAGGUUCCGGUACGGUGUCUGAAAUUUCCACCGCUACCGCUUGGAUGUGUUAGUUAGUUAUGUUUGCCUCGCUUUUCCUUUGCUUUUCCGUUUUGGAUUCACCGGUGAGGUGAGGUCACGAGCCCAUACAUACAUACAUAAUACUGGGUGGAAUUUCUGAUUAAUAACAAUAACGUUGUCUGUCCCAACACACUCUAAUAAUAAUCAUAAUCAUGUCGUUUUCCCCAACCCGAUCUGUCCCAACUCCUUCAUUGUUAUCUUCCUUCAAUUCGCUCAACCCUCAAUCUCUUUCGUCUUCUUCUUCUUCUUCAAUUCUAUUCUAUGGAAUCUUCAUCUUCUCCUUCUAGCUACCUAGCUUAGCUUCUUUGUUCAUGAUCCACACCCAUGACUCGUCUGUUUCGAUCCAAGUCCUAUCCCUUGGCCGGAUUUAAUGGUUCUCAUUCUGUGUGCGCCGGCGACGACGACGACGACGACGAACAAGACAAUAAUAAUGUGAAACGAAGAUAUUCUGGCUUCUUUUUCAAUGGCACCGCUAGGACGACGACGACACCGUUUCGGCGUAAAAACCGAGGAGGCCACACCCACGCUACUCAGAGCCCCAUACUUGCGGUGCUGAUGGCGGCGCUGAGAAAGUCGCUGGUUACUUGCAGCGUCGAGAGGGACGACGUCGCGGCCAACAUGGACAUUGGCUGGCCAAUCGACGUCCGCCACGUCUCCCACGUCACCUUCGAUCGCUUCAAUGGCUUUCUUGGAUUGCCCGAUGAGCUCCAGCCUGACGUCCCCCGCAAAGUCCCCAGCGCCAGUAUGAGUGUGUUUGGAGUUUCUCCCCAGUCAAUGCAGUGUUCUUAUGAUCAUAGAGGGAACAGUGUGCCUACAAUUCUACUUAAGAUGCAGAGUCGCCUUUAUUCAGAGGGAGGGCUUCGGGCAGAGGGAAUAUUCCGGAUAAAUGCAGAGAACAGUGAAGAAAAAGACGUUAGGAGUAUGCUGAAUCGUGGUGUUGUUCCACAUGGAAUUGACGUCCAUUGUUUAGCAGGAUUGAUAAAGGCAUGGUUUAGGGAGCUUCCAACCGGGGUUCUUGAUUCUCUCACCCCAGAGCAAGUCAUGCAUUGCAACACCGAAGAAGAGUGUACACAUAUCGUUAAGCUGCUUCCUCCAACUGAUGCUGCGCUGUUCGACUGGGCGGUGAAUUUGAUGGCAGAUGUUGUGGAGCACGAGUGUUACAACAAGAUGAAUGCGAGGAAUAUUGCCAUGAUUUUUGCCCCUAACAUGACCAAGAUGGCUGAUCCUUUGACAGCUCUGAUUCAUGCAGUUCAAGUCAUGAAUUUCCUAAAGACACUUAUAACAAAGACCCUUGUGGAACGAGAACGAGAAAACUUAGCUGAAAUGGACCAAACACUCCCGAUAUCAUCUGCUGAUGAUUUUCCCUGCCAUUCCCCCGAAGUACUCGCCACCAAUAAUCUCAAGCUCUCAAGAAGCGUGACGUUGGACAGAUGGGAAUCGGAAUGCUAUCAUUCCCGCGAAGUACUUCCCGCCAAUAAGCUCUCGAGAAGCGUGACGUUAGACAGAUGGGAAUCAGAGCGUUAUCAUUCCCGCGAAGGACUUGCCACCAAUAAGCACAAGCUCUCAAGGAGCUUCACUUUGGACAGAUGGGAAUCAGAAAAGAAUGAAGUGAAUGGAUUGUAAAUAAUUGAGGAGUUAGGCAUCAGAUAUUUAAUGAAGUUUAGAUAUUCCUGACAUUGUGUGUAAGUUGAUAUACUAGUUAGUUAGAGAAGCUUAAUGUUCAUCUACUAAUUUAAAAUCUAGUUUGAUCAACAUGUCCGACGGUUAUUAUGCCCUAACCUUGUAAUCUUGUAUGACCUAUUCCAACAUUUUGUUCUUUUGUUUU